CUGGAGCCAGUCGCCGUGCAUCCAUUGAUUGGGCAGGAGCGCAGAGAGGGGGGGACCCGGCGCUGGGACGCGCCAGCAAAUCAGGAGCUAAUUGAUUAAGUGGAGCAAUUUGAAUCGUGUCGGAGCGGCGGCUGGAAAUUUGCCAAUCGGCUUUCAAGAAAGCGGAUGAUUAAUCGCAAUGCAUUAUUGAUAAUCAUAAUUAUACCCGCACACAUGCGCACUGUCGGCGCCAGGGUCAAUUUCCGUAAUUUUGCAACUCCAGAAUUUGUAUUUUUUUAUUCGCUUGCUGAUGUAUCAACCAACAUGUCGCGUCGGAAGCAGGCGAAGCCGCAACACUUCAAGUCGGACCUGGAUCCAGCAUUGUUGGGAGAGAAUGGAACGUCACCGGGCGGCCACGUGGAGCAGCACGCCAAGAAUGGGGAUGCGCACGUCUGUGGCCACUGCUGUGCAGAAUUCUUCGAGCUGCCCGAUUUCCUCCACCACACGAAGAAUUGCACUAAGAAACAACUGGUUCUGAUUGUAAAUGAAAAUCCAGCCGCCCCUUCGGAAGCGCCCUCUCCGCAAUCCCCCGCCCACCCCGUCGAAGAGGCGAACGAGGGAACGGAUAACGCGAGUCUCGUGGACUGCGAUGAGCUUGUAGAGAGCAAGGAACUUGACCGGGAAGUAUUCAUGGAGGUGGACACUAGCAACAGUAAUGUCAGCAGUACUAACAGUAAUAACCAUAGUAAUAAUACAUGCAGUGAUUAUCCCACAAUGGGAAGCUCAGCUGUGGCAACACCUCUACCUCAUAUAGGUGAUAUAACAGCUCUGGGAAACUUCUCCAUGUUGAAUAGUAAUGUGAUCAUUGAAAAUCUUCGAAGUACAAAAGUGGCAGUGGCCCAAUUCUCCCAGGAAACCAGAACUAACAGUUCAUCGAGUAGUAAGAUCGCAGUUCCUGCACUAAUGGAACAGCUCCUGGGUCUCCAACAUCAACAGAUCCAUCAGCUGCAGCUCAUUGAACAAAUCCGUCAACAGAUAAUCUUGUUGGCUUCCCAAAACGCCGACGCCCCAUCGGUCAACUCUUCUCCAGGUACUUUGGGAGCUGCUGUUAAUCCAUUGACUACACUUAGUUCACAUCUAUCUCAGCAACUUGCUGCUGCAGCUGGUCUUGCCCAGAGCCUUGCCAGUCAGUCUGCCAGCAUCAGCGGUGGGAAUCGAGUCCAUCUACCUCAGAGCAGUCCUGGAAGCGGAGCCGGCCAGGACGCGGGCAGUCCUUCCCCGCAGGCCGACGCCGCUCCUUCGUUGCCGAGCACCGCUGCCCAGCCCUCCGAGAGCGCGACCGUGGGCGCCGCCACCACCGCCGCCGCCUGCGACUCCCGUCUCGCAAGCCCCUCCGUCCCCGCCGCGUCCGCCCCCGCCGCCCGGGGGAUCGGCGGCCUGCUCGGCUCGUUGUCCACCCUGUCCGCCUCACUGUUACCUCAGUCCUCCGCGCCCGCUCUCCCGUUUUCCAGCCCUCUCUCAGGCAUCGAGGUGACUUCAGGGAACCUGAGCUCGCUGGCCGCCCUGGCGGGCCCGCGGAAGGGCAAGCCCCCCAACGUGGUGGUGUUUGAGGCCAAGACCGGCUCCGACGAGUCGUUCUUCAAGCACAAGUGUCGCUUCUGUGCUAAAGUCUUUGGGAGCGACAGUGCCUUGCAGAUCCACCUGCGCUCGCACACUGGCGAGAGGCCGUACAAGUGCAACAUUUGUGGCAACCGUUUCUCCACGAAAGGCAACCUGAAGGUCCACUUCCAGAGGCACCGCGAAAAGUACCCUCACAUUCACAUGAACCCCUACCCCGUCCCCGAACACUUGGACAACGUCCCGACCAACACGGGGAUCCCCUACGGGAUGUCCAUCCCCCCCGAAAAACCAAUAACCAGUUGGCUGGACAGCAAGCCCUUGUUACCGACAUUGACCACAUCUGUUAGCCUGCCUCUCCCCUCCACUGUAUCAGGUUUGUCCGCCAUCAUCAAAUCGGAGGAGUGUCCGCCCGUCCCGAUCAAUCGGUCUUCUUGCAGCCCGCCUGGAUCGGUCCGGAGCGACUUGCCCGCCACGGAGCCCUCUGUGAAAAGCGCCCGUGAUUUGGAAGAGGUGGAAGAUAAUGGCUCACCUACCUCAGACGAUAAACCCGAUGAUCGCGCACAAUCUCUCCAGCCCGCCGCCAGCAUGGCCGUGGCCGUCCCCGUCAGCUCGAGUGCCUCCGAUUCGGAACUGAGCACGGCUUCUGCUUUCACCACGCCGCUCGUCUCCGAGCAGUUCAAGUCGCAGUUCCCUUUCGGCGGCCUCCUGGAUUCCUUGCAGACGUCGGAGACGUCCAAACUGCAGCAGCUGGUGGAGAACAUCGACCGCAAGAUGGCCGACCCCAACCAGUGCGUCAUCUGCCACCGGGUCCUCAGCUGCCACAGCGCGCUGAAGAUGCACUACCGCACGCACACCGGCGAGAGGCCCUUCAGGUGUAGGGUGUGUGGCCGGGCCUUCACCACCAAGGGCAACCUGAAGACCCACUACGGUGUCCACCGCGCCAUGCCACCGCUGCGCAUCCAGCAUUCCUGCCCCAUCUGCCAGAAGAAGUUCACCAACGCUGUCGUUCUGCAGCAACACAUCCGCAUGCACAUGGGAGGCCAGAUUCCCAACACCCCCGUCGCCGACAACUACCCCGAGUCGAUGGAGUCCGACACAACCAUGUCCUUUGAAGACAAGAAUUUCGACGACAUGGAUGACUACUCUGACGAGAACAUGGAGGACUGCCCGGAUAGCAGCGUCCCGGACACGCCCAGGUCCGCGGAGGUAUCCCGGUGCAGCCUGACUCCGUCCCCCUUGCCCUCGGAAAUGUCCAGCAUCGCGGCGCUGGAGCAACAGAUGAAGAUGAUUAACGCCGGCCUGGUGGAGCAGCUCCAAGCGAGCCUCCGGUCGGUGGAGAAUGGAUUGGCCGACGGUGACCAGAUGACCAGUGACUCCUUCUCGAUGGUUGGGGACGUGGAGAGCCAAAGUAUUGGAAGUCCUGCCAUUUCAGAAUCUACCUCUUCCUUGCGGGCUCCAUCCCCGAGCAACAGCAACGCGGGCAGCCGCAGGUCGAAGUCUCCCGGCAGCGAAGAGAGGCGGCACAACCAGUCUCUGCUGUCGGACGUGUCCAAUUCGGUGUCCCCCGCGACCACCAACGGCGGUGCCUUGGACCUGACCUCCUGCAACGCCGAGCGGGCGGCAACGGACGACGCUCUGAGCCUGCUGUUCCCCGGGCGAGACCGCGGCAAGUUGAGGAAUACAUCGUGUGAUAUCUGUGGCAAAGCCUUUGCUUGCCAGAGUGCCUUGGACAUUCACUACAGAAGCCAUACCAAAGAGCGUCCAUACAUUUGCACAGUAUGCAAUCGCGGUUUCUCCACCAAGGGCAAUUUGAAGCAGCACAUGUUGACGCACCAGAUGCGGGACCUCCCGGCUCAGCUGUUCGAGCCCAACAACGCCAGCCUGGCUCCCGCUGCUAACCACGGCUCCACCAACCCGCCCGCCCUGACGUUGACGUCCUUAAUCAAAACCGAGGUCAAUGGUUUCGCGCACGGGUGUUCCAUGGACUGCAAGGACCCACCCGCUAGCCUUAUCCCAUCCAGGCCGCUGUCUGCCUCCGCUGUCUCUCCCGGCCUGUCAGCGCAGCAGAGAAGAACUCCAAAGCAGCAUUACUGCACGGCUUGCGGCAAAACCUUCUCCUCGUCCAGCGCUCUCCAAAUACACGAGAGGACACACACGGGGGAGAAACCGUUUGCCUGUACCAUAUGUGGCCGGGCCUUCACCACCAAAGGCAAUCUGAAGGUUCACAUGGGGACCCACAUGUGGAACAGUGCUCCCGCGAGGCGAGGGAGGCGACUUUCGGUGGACGGUCCCAUGGCUUUUCUGGGCGGCAACCCUAUGAAAUUCACGGAAAUGCUCCAGAAGGAUUUAGCAGUGAGGGCUCGCGAUGGAGACCCUUCGUCGUUUUGGAACCAGUAUGCGGCGGCACUGACCAAUGGCUUGGCGAUGAAGACUAACGAGAUAUCCGUGAUUCAGAAUGGCGGGCUCCCCCCGAUCGCCGCCAGCCUGGGCAACGGCGGCAGUUCGCCCAUCGGUGGUUUAACGGGGAGCUUGGACAAACUUCACAGUACUGUUGCAGGCACACCUCUAGCUGGUCUGGAGAAGAUAUCCGCCACUGAAAAUGGAACCAACCACAGAUUCACCCAUUUGGUGGGGGAAAACAAAGAAAUGGUAUCGAGCUAAAGCGACAGUCGGCCUUUUGGCAAUGGAAGCAAUCUGGGGACAUCUUUCACGCCAAUGGACCAAAGUGUUGCAAGAACACCUUUUGUACAAUGCCUAACUUUUAGUGUUGUAUGGGGAAGAGGAAAAAAAACGUAUUUAUUAGUGAUAAUAACUUUGCUUUGCAAAUGAGUUGCAAAUGUACACUACUGGUCUUCAGCAUCUUGCCCUAUAUACUAAUGGACUAGAGUGCUUUAAACAUGUAAGUUUCCUAGCAUUUACAAAUCUAUUCUGUUAGGUGAAUUUUGCCCUUGCAUUAACUUAUUUUCUGAUUUUUGAGUAAUCUAGUUUUAACAUGACUGGCAUUGGUGGCAAUGCCACACCUGCCCAUUCCUUUACUAGAGAGAGGUCUGUGUGUAUAUAUGUAUAAUGUAAAGUUUUGCUACACUGCUCCAGAAUUUCUCAAAAAAUCAGUUCCUUGUUGAGUCAUGCCUUCCAUUAACAAAAAAUAACUGUAAAUUGCAGACUUCAAACUGGAUCCCAUUGCCAUCACACUCUGUAAACAGUCUCCUGUUUUUAACAUCAAGUGGAAAUUUUUUUUUUUUUUUUCCGUAUGUUCUAUAAUUUCUGUUCGAAAUAGUUCCUUUGUAUUGUGCUUUUCACUUGCACCAUUUUCAAUGUUGACGAGUCUCAGUGAAGUAAGAGGCACGAUGGUAAGAAAAGGAAUCUCCUGUUGUUGUACCUUUAAAUACAAUAAAGGUCUCUGCCCCAUAGGUAUAUUUAGUAUAGAAGAGAAAAAUGUGCUGGACCUACACAUUGCUGCUACAUAAACGCAUCUUUUGAACACCUUUGAAGGGAGUAAUAUGAAGCUAUUAUUGAUCAUGUCUUGUGUGUAUAAAUAUAUUAUAUUUAUAUAGCAUAACGACAUGUCUUGGGAAAAUCAUUAAUGUAUAUACUGUAUUGGUACGAUGCUAAAAAUGAAGCUUCAUCUUCACCGACCGAGAGAUAGUGUUUUAUUGUGUAAUAAUUUUGUAUUAGGUAUGGAAAGAAAAACCCUUGUGACUGAUAUAUGCACUUUCUUGGAAAGCUGGACGAAACCAUCCAGUUUCACUAAAAUUUAAUACCUACUAACAGCUGAGGUACUGUAAUUCUUACUCAUUUAAUCAAAUACAUGAGUUUUGCAACAGCCA